UUGAAGAACAACAAUAAAAACCUUUUCUUUUUCUAUAAAUACAGCUCCUCUGUACUUUCUUUCAAUUUCUAAAUUUGGUCGAUAAAUUGUGCGAAUUUCUUAAUUUUGAUUGAUUUUGUAAAGUGGGUUUUUGUUUAUUUCGUACAAUUCGAGGGAAUCGUAUAGAAAGAAAAGUAAUUUGGAAGGAAAAUUUUGAGAAUUUGAGAAUUGAAAAUGGAUGGACUCUGUUUCAAACCAGGAGUUAAUGGGUUUUGUUAUUCAAAUUUACCAUUUAUCAACGGAAAUGAUCCUGUAAGAACACAUUCUACACAGGUUAGUACUUUGGGUCGUUCUGGAAAUGGAGUUUCUGUUGAAAAUUCUGUUGUUUCUACCUCCUCUGCUCAACCUCAGAAAUCAAGAUUUUCAUUUACAAGACCACUUUUGAAAUCUCUUUGGCUGAGUAGUAAUGUUGAAAACAGAGAAGAAGAAGACAAAACAGAGGAGAUUGAUAAUGGUGGCGGGGUUGAAAGAAAGACAGGGGAAGAAGAGAAGGAGAUGAAUGGGAACAGUUGGGUUAUGAAAAUAUUACAUGCACAAUCUGUUUGGAAAGAAGAAGAAUUAGAGAAUAAGAAUGGAAUUGAUGUUUGUGAGAGAGAAAAUGAUCAAAGGGUUGAUUCCGAUGAUGAAAAUGAUUGCUCAUUAUGCAAUGGUGAUGAUGAAGAUGGAGAUGUUUGUGAGGUUGAUGAAGAAGAUGAGAAUAAUGAAAAGGUUGAGUUUGAUAGAGAUUCUUUCUCUAAAUUGCUUCAAAAGGUGUCUUUAGCUGAAGCCAAAGUCUUAGCCAAAAUUUCGUAUUUGGGCAAUUUAGCAUACUCAAUACCCAAGAUCAAGGCUGAAAAUCUUCUUAAACGUCAUAAAUUGCGGUUUGUAACUUCAUCGGUGGAGAAGGAAGCCCAUCCGGCAAAUGUCGAGGAUAAAUCGGGUUCUCCUCAGGUCGAAGAAACGGAAAAACUUGUGGAUGGAAUGGAAGAAACCGAGGAACAACGGAAGAAUAGAUAUCAAAUAAGUGCGUCGGCUGCUUAUCACAUUGCGGCUUCGGCUGCUUCUUACUUGCAAUCUCACACAAGAGGCAUUCUUUCUUUCAAAUCCUCCAAGGAUGGGAAGGAGGAGGUUUCAAUUGGCGAAGGUUUUGAUUCUAAAGGGAAUGCUGAAGUGAGGAGUUCCAAAGCUGCUUCAUUUGUAGCUACGUCAGACUCGGUUACAGCGGGAGUAUCUGCAAAGGAGGAAACAAAGCGAGCGGUUACAAAGGAUUUGAAUUCGGCACAUUCAUCUCCAUGUGCGUGGUUUAUAUGUGAUGAUGAUCGUAGUGCUACGAGAUUCUUUGUCAUUCAGGGUUCAGAAUCAAUGGCUUCUUGGCAAGCAAAUCUACUGUUUGAGCCGGUUCAGUUUGAGGGACUAGAUGUGCUAGUGCACAGAGGAAUCUACGAAGCUGCAAAAGGAAUUUAUGAGCAAAUGUUGCCCGAAGUCCAUGCCCACUUAAAAUCUCAUGGUGAUUCCGCAAGGCUUCGUUUCACCGGGCAUUCACUUGGUGGAAGCUUGGCUUUACUUGUGAAUCUCAUGUUGUUAAUACGCCGUGAAGCACCACUAUCUUCAUUACUUCCUGUCGUAAUGUUUGGUGCGCCAUCUAUCUUGUGUGGGGGAGAUCAGCUUCUUCGGAGGCUAGGCCUUCCUCGUAGUCAUGUUAAAGCUAUUACCAUGCACCGAGACAUUGUACCACGAGCCUUCUCGUGCAGUUAUCCCGAUCGUGUAGCUGAGCUUCUCAGGGCCGUAAAUGGAAAUUUUAGAAAUCAUCCUUGUCUCAAAAAUCGGAAGAUGCUGUAUACACCUAUGGGAGAGAUUCUAAUCUUACAGCCAGAAGAGAAAUUUUCGCCACACCAUGAACUCCUCCCUUCUGGCAGUGGUCUAUACCUUCUAAGCUGUCCUUUGUCGCAUUUGAAAGACAAAGAGAAGCAACUCCGCUCUGCUCAAGCUGUUUUUUUCAACUCGCCGCACCCAUUGGAGAUCCUGAGCGAUCGCGCUGCAUAUGGUUCUGACGGUACAAUCUACAGGGACCAUGACAUGUAUUCCUACUUAAGAUCUGUCCUUGGCGUGAUCCGUCUUGAGCACAACCAAAUCAGGAAGGUCAAAAGAAAAAACCGCCGUGAAGUGUGGUGGCCGAUCGUUACUCCAAAGGAAACCCCUAAUUCUGGCAUAGUGGGUCAUCAAGUGUCAUCAAGUCCCAUGAGCAGGCAACCACUAAACUUUGCUGGUGCCUUUCAAAAUGGGGGGCAGUCAUUGAAGAGGUUCAGUAGAUUAGUUGCAUCACAACACAUGCAGCUAUUCGUUAUUCUCAUGAUCCCAGCUCGAAUGUUGCUGGUCGGAUUGUAUCAUGUAACUAGUUGAACACGGCUCAGACACGCUUGUGGUUAUUAUUAUGCAAGCGUGUCUUUGUCCCCCCCUGUAUAGGUGCAUGAUCUGAAUAGCGGAUGACACUUGAUUCUUUAUUCAAUUGUAAGCUUUACUCAACAUUAAUGAAAAGGGAAAAAUCCACACUUGUUUUA